AUCUGCGCAUGCGCCAAAUAAUUGUGACCUCCCAUUUCUCUCAAGUAAUAUUUACGGAAAGAAAUAGAAAAUAUAAAUUAACUUACUGAUUACACCCCUGAUCUAAAACUGAACUUUCGGUAGCAAUGCCGACGAAAGAAGAGGAAGAAGAAGAAAAAAAGAAAGUAGAGAAAGAGAGAGCGAAUUGGACGAAAGCAAUUUCUGGUUUGAAUAUUACAAAAUGUGGUCUAAUUAUUUCAAUCCAUAAAAGUUUGAAAGACUUUCUGUGUUCUUUUUCAAAAGAACAGCUUGAUCAUUUGUCCGAAUUCUUCGAAAAUAUACAAAAUUCUCAUUUGGAAUUUGUAACAGAAAAAGGUGAAAAAAAGGGCUCUUGGAAAAUUGCCAAAGGCAAGUGUGAAUCAGAUCUGUGUCAAGAAAUCCUAGAUCUUUCAUGGGAGAAACAUGUUAACAAAUCAAAAAAGGUUGUUUGGAGCCCUGGGAAGGAGAAAAGUGGUUUGUAUAACCGAAAUAACGUGAAUUGGCGAUUUGCAAGUUCCUUCAAUGAAAAAUGUUCUGUUUGUUUGAAAAUUAAUUGCCCAUUCGAGCGCUAUCGAAAAGGCUUGGCUUUGUUCGAUGACAAGCCUCAAGAAAACGUCGUCGAUAAGUACUAUUGGCAGUUCGCGAAUAUGUAUAUGUUUCGCGGUCAGGAAAAGAAUAAUUUUCCGAAUACUAGGCCUGAAGAUACAGAAUCUGCAUUGAUUUUCAAGUUGAUGAAGAAUUGCAAGUUGUUUUCACUAGAUGAGGAGAAUGAAAUAGAUAAUUGGAUUUACGACGAUCUACUUGAAGUGAGAAACCUGUUGAUGCACAGUGUUGAUAACCGCUUGUCUGACGAUGCUUUUGAGGAAUGUUUCAAGCGUAUGAAAACUAUUCUGGAAGCAAGCAUGUUUUCCAACGAAUAUAGCACAAAGGCAGUAUAUGAACUAGAACAGUUAAAAGGUAUGCGUAUCAUAAUGACUUCGCUGACAGCAGAAGAAGCCGCUGUUGUUAAAGCAGCUUUCAAGUCACAACAGUCCUCACUGGAAUUUGACAUCGAAUUUAGCGGCUCAUUGAAAAACGACUUAGUUUUGAAAGGUAUCCUGAAAGCCAGCAUAAUAAAUAGUGUACAGUUCACAAAAAGUCCUACACAGGUAAAAUAAUUUUCAUAUAAUAUUUGAUGUUUUGUUUAGGUGAAACAAUCGUCAAGAGCUAAUAAGUAUGUACAAUUAAGCUUAUUAGAGCGCCAAGAAUUAAGAGGUUAGUUUUCGUAAUUG